UGAUUUCAUUCAUUCCCUCGCGCUACGGACAUCGAUCAGUAUCAGAGCAGUGUACCCCUUCCCUGUGUCCUGUGUCUGUGUCAGCAACACACGCCCCUGCAUGCAGCUUGGAAGACACAGCCCCUCGGAGUCCCGACUUUCCUCCCACUGGUGCCGCCUGAUUGAGGCUGGUGUUUCCCUCCCUGGCUGUCCGUGAAGGCAUGCACCAACCUCGCUCUCAAGUCUUCCUCCCUCCCUAACCUUCACGACCCUCUCCUCCGGGCAUACACGCAGCCGCUCCAUUGCAUUUCAUGUGUCGUCUUCAUAUUCGUCUUCGGAGGGCAUCUCGCUGGCGUCCUCAAUCAAUAUGUCUGGCUUCAACUCGUGGGCCUGCUUGUGGGUGUCGAAGACCUGCUUGAAGCCACGAAGCACCUCUGAUAGACGCAUACAUAAUGCACGUGACACCGUGCGGGAGGAAGGUCGGUUAAAUGUGCUACGUCCGUGUCUCCCUUUCCCUCGUACCUAGUGUCUCCUCCUCAGCGAGCAGGUCUGCCGUCUCGUACUGAGUCCCGGAGUCCUUACGCUGCGGUGCCUGCACAUACAUGAGCAGCCGUACAUUCGUGCAGACAAGGGAGAUGCAAAACGAUUAAUCCCGAAGUCCGACCUUCUUGGUGGGCUUUGAUUUCGACCCACGAGCCUUCUCUCCUGUGGCCGAUAGUGGGCUGUCCUGGCUCCCAUGUUUGCGCAGCGGUUUGGGGCUGUGCUUAGGGCUGCCAUACACAGCUGCGAUGGUCUUUCUCGCCUCCUUGGCUUUGUCCGGCCGUACGGCCUCCGUCUGCCGCCUGGCAGCCGAUAUCUGGGGGGCCGACUGCUUCUUGGGCAGGGGCAUCUGCAGCUGUCUGGUGCCCUUCUUGUCCAGCUUGCGCGCCUGGCUGGGUGUGGAAUAGGACAACUGGCUCAUCUUCAGUGGGGAGGGCGCAUGGGAAGGUUGCUGGGAGACGUCUCUGCUGCUGCUGGCGUCUGCUGUCUUGGGCGAGCCGGUGCUGUGUCGCUUCGACGUUCGGCUGGCAGCGGCCUCGUCUGUGGCCACUGACGAGUGGCGGAUGCUGGACACCGAGCUGUGGUGGUCGG